AUGGGGGCGGGAGGAUCCUGGCGCUGGGCCGUGGGCGCGGUCUGCGGCGGGCUGGUUUACUACCACUGCGCGGUGCGGCGGGCGAGCGCGGUGUCCCUCGCCGCCGACGUGCUCCUCGUCCUCCUCUGCUCCCUCUCCAUCCUCGGCCUCCUCUUCCGCCACCUACACAUCUCGUCUGCAACUUUACAUCGGACACAGAAGGAAAAUGAUGGCCAGCGUACACCCCUGCACUUGCUGCAAUUAAUCUUGUGUUGGCUGAAAGGCAAGCCUUUUCAGCUUCCUCCACCAUUCAGGGUGCCUGUGGAUCCACUUGAGUGGCAGAUUUCUCAAGAGAUGGCAAAUAGUAUAGUUGCGUCCUUGGCUAACACAAUUGGAGCUGCGGAGUCUGUAUUGAGGGUGGCUGCAACUGGACAUGACAAGAAACUCUUGUUCAAGGUGGUUUUUACUCUGUAUUUCCUAGCAGCUUUGGGAAGGGUUGUCUCAGGCGCUGCGAUUGCUUAUGCUGCUCUAUGCAUCUUCUCCCUCUACAUGUUUGCGCAAAGCACCGACCAGUUUGAUCAGCUCCCUUGGGUUCCUUUAGGAAGAGACUCGCUGGGCGGCGCCCAGGAUACCACAUGA